AUGACUCAUUCUUUUGAUCAAAUUUUUUACAAAAAUGAGGAAAAUUUGUCGGAUGCAUCAAACGAUGAUCAAGAACCUAAUAAAAUUUUGAUAGAUGCUGAUUAUUCUAGUGAUCGAUUAUCUACAAAUAAGAUUUUCAAGAGAUCUGAUGAAAAUGUUUCACAAGAAUCAAACCUUAAUGACUUCAUAUCUAGUGUCGCUGAUCCUCACCAUUUAGUCAGUUCUAGUAGACCCUCUACUCAAUGCAGGAAAUAUGCUUUAAAUAGAGUCAAACUAACUGUAACUUGGGAAUAUGAGGACCCAACAUUAUUUCGUGGGGGAGGAUGA